AAAAGGCGACACUCCGACGGCCACCUCACUGUUACCACCCAUCAACAUGGCCCGCGUCAGUUUGGCGAUCGUCUUCGUAGCCUUGGUGGCGCUGUCUGCGGCCUUCGACGUGCCGAAGUUCACCAGCAGGCUGGGCAAGGUGUCCUACGCCCAGGUUGCCUUGGCGCGCGUCAAGGCCGCGCUCAAGGACAUCCAGGCCCUUCCCCCCAAGGCGCAGACGCUCCUGGACGAAUGCCUCCAGAGCUCCGCCCUGAACGCCGCCGACAUGGCCAGCACGGUCCGUGGCUUCUUCAACGAAGUCGCCGGCUGCAUCAACGUGUACUCCGACGUGCCGGCCAGCGUCCAGACCUGCCUCAGCAAAAUGAGCAAGGGCCUGUAGAGCCGCAGUGACACUUACAGCCAGUCCACUCGUGCCACACUUGCCCCUUGUCCCCGCGCCACGCGCCGCCACUGUUGCACGCUGCACUGCAAGCGACUGCAAGGCACGCCGGCCCCUCGCGGCCCCUCGUCAACAAGCCGGCCGCCUUAUCGCCCAGUGGACACAACCGGAACCGCAGCACUGCAGCGCCGCGGCAGUGGAGCAUGCCAAACCGUCUUCGUUUCCUCGUUUCUCGCUUCGGAGCCGCAGCGUGGCAGCGCGGCAGUCGUUGGACUGGGCCAAAAGAUUAAAAGGACUCGUACGUUA